AUGGCUUCCUACAUCGACAGUGACCUGGCCCAGCCCACUGCUACCGGUGCCGGCAUCAGAGACAAUGGGGACUCAUGGACAACUCAUCUAAGCUCGAGCAAUGUCAUGUAUAACGACGGCCACGAUCAGAGACCACGCGGUUCUUCAACGAGUGCACGCGACCCAGUCGAUAAAAACCCCUCGAAAUAUCAACAGGCCCACCAACCUAUAAAUGAUGCCGUCACAUCGGCCGUCAACAAUAGCAAUGCGACCUCUACAGCAGCGAUCUCACCAGAACUGCUUCAGCAGAUUACCGCACAGAUCACCGCGAGCGUCCUGCAGCAACUGAAACCCACCGACUUGCCGCCUCCAUUAAACCAAUCUCAGACAUCUGGCUCACAUAUGGACGCCAAUUCAUCGGCCGGAGAGUCUCCUCCCCCAGAUCGGAGCGCUGUCUACACGCCUCCUUCACCUUACCGAACCUCAGAGGAUGGUGGUCUAGCCCAGCCGUCGCCCCAAUCCCCUCCGUACUCGAAUCAGUCAUUCGCCCGAGCAACUUCUCCUCCCCAUGAGAGAAGGGCUGCGUCGCCACUGGGUCGUGGCGGCCAUCCGCCUGAGAGUGAGGUCAACCAAGAACGGCCAAGCAGACCAAAGGGCCCAAAAAGAAUAUCUACCGGGGGCGACGUAACAACCCUAGAGCGGGUCUGGGGUACCCUCUUUGAUGAACAAGGGCAAGCCACUGAAAGGCUUGGACAAUUCCUCCGAGGAGUGGCAACACAUCUGAUUGAGGACUACGAGCCCAAGAACAGUCUCGUGGUUACGCCCACAAAAUUGCAGAGAUACUAUGAGGAGACGAAGUUGGCAAAUGAGAUCUAUCCCUGGAAGGUCGUCUUCGAUGACCGGACGUCUUCAAUAUCUCGGAUGUUCAGAGAGAUUGGAGCGCAGCAUCAUCUGGUGCAAGUUAAACUGACAGAGAGACCCGAUAUUCCUGGCUUAACACCUCAAGGGUUUGAAACUUGGGCGACAUUGCUUCUCAAGGCGCAUCCUGAUCAAGAGUUCGAGAGAUUAGCCAAAACCGCACUGGACAUGCCAAUCAGCAACCCCGAAAACCGAAGAGAACGAUUUCCCAAAGAGCUAUCAAGACGACUCUUCCCUGUCCAUGCCGAUGUUGAGAUAGCAGAAAAGCUACAGAAGGCUAUGUCGACCCACUGCAAUGUCGUCCUGCCCUUGCGUCAGAGCAGCGCAGCGGAUCCAAGUACCCGAGCCUCGCCACCCAACCAGCCAUCAGAGCAGCCGUCUCAGAAAGCAGCACCCCGACCACCACCGGAGGAGCAAGCUUUUGUAAACAAUGCGGUCAAAACAAGCCCGGUAUUGCCUCAAACCGGACCUGGCCGCCAGCGAGAGGCACAAACAGAAGCAUCUUUCGAUGGUUCUGGUGCCGUCACUGACCAAAAUCCAGCAGAUCACCGCGCCCCACCCCCGAUCGAGCGGGAGCGCCAACCAUACAUCGCCGCUCCAGGAGCUGGUAAAAGUCAUGAUAUAAACGAGAAAUCGCCCACCGCCCCUGGAUUCAAGCCGCCACCGCCACCUGGGCCUCCACUAGAGGUCAACACAGGGCGCGCUAGCUCUGUCAAUCCCAGCAGCAGAGUCAAUGAUAACUUCAGGCCGCCUCCCACACCUGUUGCUAUCCAUCAGAGGCCGCCCCCGGCACCGAUCGAUGUCCCUGAGACUCGACAUCGAUCCAACAGUACCUAUCACAGGGAUCAGCCUCGUCCGGGCCGAAAUCGAUCUCCGUCUAUGGCAAAAGACACCGGAAGUUCUUCGUACAUGCGAAGAUCGGAGGCAGACCUCGGUUAUAGCCCGACUUCGCACUACCCUUACAGUGGUGUUGACCCUUACGAUGACGCGAGGCGAUAUCGGGAGUAUGAAGCUCAUCGCGAACGGCUCGCGAACGACCGCUAUGAUGCGGCAAGGAUGGCGGCGUAUGAUCCGCGAGAGCGUGAACGAGAUCGAGACGGUCGAGACGGCAGGCCACGCAUGGGAUCCGUGUCGGCAUUUGAUGGUCCCCAGAGCGCACGCGGUGCUCCUCCGCCCUACUCCGCCCCAGGCGCCUCCGCCGAUGAGGAGUACUACCGUGACCAUGGGCCCGCGUCAACGACAUCAUAUAACGCCCCGGGGCCCAUCAGUACAGGCUUCCAGCCUCCUCCAUCGGUGCCUAGGGACUCCGCGUACGGAUCGUAUCCGCCUACAGGGAGCUAUCCGCCUAGCAGCUACCGAGAUGUUCGGUAA